GUUAAUCAAUUUGCGGUCACACUGUUGAUCUGUCCCUUGGUUUCUGAAUUGGAAUUUUGCGGUAUUUACGUUUCGUUGUCUUCUCCGCAACACAAAAACGUGACUUAAUUUUCUUUUCUUUGAAAAAACAAUGUCUAUGACUGGCGAAGCGAGCGGCAUCAGCGAAACAAGCACAAGCAACAGCAUUCCAGAAACCAGCAGCAUCAGCACAAAUAACGUCGAGAAACUUGAUUAUCGGAUAUGCAAGAAAGAAGUCGUUACACAAAUAAACAGCGAAGGCAAUUCUAAGAACGACACCAGCGACAGCCACUUAAAUCGUCUACACAGUCUGCGCAACGAAUUGAACUAUAUCAACGAUACAGAUUGGAUGUACGAGAGUUUGGAGAAGAAACCGCAGCUAUAA